UUAUAAAGGGAGUUUGACAAGUUCUCCUCAGUCCCCCCCCCCACUCUGGAGCCAACACUUGGAUUUCAACUUGGUUACAAGUGGCGGACGGAGAAAGUCCCUCCGGGCCCCCGGCUUCUUUCCUCUGCGUGACUCCCCCAGCUAACGCUCCCUGACAAUGGGUGACUGGAGUGCUCUGGGCCGUCUGCUGGACAAGGUCCAGGCCUACUCCACCGCCGGCGGCAAAGUCUGGCUGUCGGUCCUCUUCAUCUUCCGCAUCCUGGUCCUGGGCACUGCGGUGGAAUCGGCCUGGGGAGACGAGCAGUCGGCCUUCAAAUGCAACACCCAGCAGCCUGGUUGUGAGAACGUGUGCUACGACAAGUCCUUCCCCAUCUCCCACGUCCGCUUCUGGGUCCUCCAGAUCAUCUUCGUGUCCACCCCAACGCUCCUCUACCUGGCUCACGUCUUCUACUUGAACCGGAAGGAGCAGAAGUUCAACCGGAAGGAGGAGGAGCUCAAGGCGGUGCAAAACGACGGCGGCGACGUCGACAUCCCGCUGAAGAAGAUCGAGAUGAAGAAGCUGAAGUACGGCAUUGAGGAGCACGGCAAAGUGAAGAUGAAAGGCGCCCUGCUCAGAACCUACAUAGUCAGCAUUUUCUUCAAGUCCAUGUUCGAGGUGGGCUUCCUGGUGAUCCAGUGGUACAUCUACGGGUUCAGCCUCUCUGCGGUCUACACUUGCAAGAGGAGCCCCUGCCCACACCAGGUGGACUGUUUCCUGUCGCGUCCCACGGAGAAGACGGUGUUCAUCAUCUUCAUGCUGGUGGUCUCCCUGGUGUCCCUGAUGCUCAACAUCAUUGAGCUUUUCUACGUCUUUUUCAAGAACAUCAAAGAUCGGGUCAAGGGCAGACAGCCGCCCAUCCUCUACCCCAGCGGGGGCACGCUGAGCCCCACCCCUAAGGAGAUGUCCACCACCAAGUACGCCUACUACAACGGCUGCUCCUCCCCCACGGCGCCGCUGUCGCCCAUGUCCCCCCCGGGUUACAAGCUGGCCACGGGGGAGCGGGGCACCGGCUCGUGUCGCAAUUACAACAAGCAGGCCACCGAGCAGAACUGGGCCAACUACUCCACGGAGCAGCACCGGCUGGGCCAGAACGGCGCAGGAAGCACUAUUUCAAACUCCCACGCACAAGCCUUCGACUUCCCAGAUGACACCCAGGAGCACAAGAAGCUGCCCUCGGCGGCGGGACACGAGAUGCAGCCGCUGGCGCUGAUGGACGUCAGGCCUUGCAGCCGGGCCAGCAGCCGGAUGAGCAGCCGACCCAGGCCAGACGACCUGGACGUGUGAGCUGUCCCCCCCCCCCUCCCUCCUCCCCCUCCAGCCCCCGUCCUCCUCCUGCCAGCUCCACUUCGAAUGUCGCCUUCAGCCUGAGGCUCAGGAAACCCUCCAUCACAUAGGUCCAGGCGGGGGGCGGGGCUAACCUCAAUCACUGUCCUCAGAGACUCUCAGUCACUCCAAGGGACAUUCAAAUUCCUUAUGUAACACUGUCAAAAAGGUACAAGUUGUAAGUGUUUUUCUUUUUUUAGGGGAGCUAACCCAGCUGGGAGACAAGGGGUGGGGGCAAGAGUCCAACAGAACCCAGAGCAGUUCCCCGGUCAACGCGGCCGCUGCCAUGGUUACAUUUAAAGGAACAAAGUAUUCUCCUUGUUUCCACAGUUUCUGCUCUUCUUCCUAAUGGCGGCAGCCUUUUACUUAACCACUGUCAGAGGGAACAACUUUAUAACAGGGUGCCUUUUUAGUCGGGUUUCUUUUGUUUGUUUUUAUAACCAUGUGACUAAAAUGCCCCUGAAAAUGUCCAGUUGUACGAAUCAAACAAACCGCCACAAACGUCGGCGUCGCAAGUAACAUUUUGGAAUUCAAAAGGUUAAACUUAACGAGGCUCAUGUGAAAGUGGUCUUUCCCCUCGUGUUUACCCCCCUCACCCCCCCCCCCCGCCAAAUCCCCACUCACCCACCCCCAGGAGAUAGGAUGUGAACUUUGAGAGGAAAAAGACUGAAUGUUGUUCUCAUUAGAAAUGGUCACUUAAUAAUGUAGAGCUCAGCAAUGAAGCCAUAUGAUAGUGAGCAGGAAUGGUGUCAUUUUGUGUCACUUUGAAACACACACACACACACACACACACACACACACACACACACUAAUGGCCAUGCGUUACCUGCGUCUUACAGACGAUUCUUAGGAUUGGACAUUUUAAAACCCCUUUGUUCUGUUCUCCAUCUCACUGCGUAACUGUGGGCCCCCGAUUGGAGGUCACAUGACAGUAGUCCAGACAUGGUAACCUUUUAUCUGUUGUAGUGAAUAUUUAUUGCUUGGCAUAUUUAGGACACCUACUGCUAAGAGGAACAUUUGACUACUAUCCAGUAUCACAAAACAUCUUCCCCCCAGAAACUGUAUAUUUAUUCCCAGUAAACAUUGGUUUUCUUCCUCUCACCUUGUCAGUCAGUGUGUACCGUUGUCUCCUGAUAAACUUUGAAUUUUUGUGGUGUCAUGUUUUCAUCUUGUGUAGUUGUUGUAUGUGUUUGAGAGAGGGGGUCUCGGGGGGGGGAGGGGUCGUGCUUCCAUAAAGAAAGGCUUUAUUACUGUGUUUUCUUUCUUUUUCUUUUUGCUGUAGACAAAGAGUAGAAUGAUUUAUCAGCGUUUUACUAUUGGAGUGAAUGAUCUUUUUUCUUCGUUCUGUAGCUAUUGUUUUUUUUCGGACUCAAUGUAACCGUUGCUGCUUGAGAGAUAGAUAUUUAGUACUGUAAAUCAAGCUAACUGUCAGAGUUUUUAGAAGACUGCUUAUAGAUCUGGACUAAUAUUUAGUCAGUUAUGUUCAAAUGUUUGCCAAUGUAGCUCCACAACUACCAAACACUAAUUUGGGCCUUUUUUCCCUUUCUUCUUCUGUCAUUUCUAAACAUGAACCUUUCAUUCAUGCAUCAUUUUGUUGGUACUUACUUGUGUCAUGGAUCUUUCUGCUACAAUGGCAUUUGCACUGAGAUCUUGGUGAUAGAGAUGUAAUAUGAAGCACACAGUUAGUGGUGAGAGUUUUCUGAUACACUUGUUACUAAUUUAUUUUAUAACACAGAAAUCACUAAGUGCAUGACAUCAUCGGCCAUUGGUUUCAUCGGCUGCUCCUGUGACAGAUGUCUCCCACUGACACUGUAUUUGUAACCCGAGGGGAUCCACUGUUGUACAGUGGAAGUUCAUGAUAGCAAAACAAACAAAAUGUAUCUGUGAAAAGCUAUUUUAACCAAUAAAUAUUUUUCUGUCUCA